ACAGGACCAGGCAGCUAGCUUAGCUCAGCUCAUUGGCUUAGCCGCAUGUAAGCCAUUCUGUGUUCACAGCGGUCAUAACUAAAGCGAAACAGAAUGUAAAUGUAAACAUGGUAACCGAGAGGUGAACGACACAGAAAAAUGGUAUUCGAAAGCGUGGUGGUGGAUGUCCUUAACAGGUUUUUAGGGGACUACGUUGUGAACCUUGACAGCUCACAACUCAAGCUCGGGAUUUGGGGAGGUGAUGCUGUACUCAAAAAUCUUGAAAUAAAGGAAAAUGCCUUGUCUCAGUUGGACAUUCCAUUUAAAGUAAGAGCUGGACAUAUAGGACGCUUGCAGCUCAAGAUUCCAUGGAAGAAUUUGUACACUCAGUCAGUGGAGGCCACACUGGAUGGAGUCUACCUGCUCAUAGUGCCCACAGCCAGUAUAAAGUAUGAUGCAGAGAAGGAAGAGAAACAGCUUCAGGAGGCACGUCAGAGGGAGCUGCAGAGGAUUGAAGAGACAAAACAGAAAGCAGCAGAACAAGAAAACCCUGCACUUGAGAAGCAGGACACCUUUGUGGAGAAGCUGGUAACUCAGGUAAUCAAGAACCUCCAAGUGAAGAUCUCCAACAUCCAUGUCCGCUAUGAGGAUGAUGUCACCAAUCCCAAUUGCCCAUUGUCAUUUGGAGUGUCAUUGCAGAAUCUCAGCCUUCAGACCGCUGAUGAGAACUGGAAGCCUUGUCUGUUAGAUGAGAAAGCCAAACUGUUUUUCAAGCUUGUCCAGUUGGACAAUCUCUUUGCCUACUGGAACGUGAACUCAACGCUGUACUCCAAUCACAUGCCAGACGAGGCCUUGCUAUGCCUUCAGAAAAGCAUGGAUAUCUACAGUUCCACCCCUGUGAACCAUGAUUUCAUUUUUCGUCCGAUAACGGCCAAUGCAAAGCUGCGCAUGAACCCUCGGUCAGAUGUGAACUUCUCGUCUCCCAAGGUGGACUUAGUGGUCAACCUAAGAGAGGUGGCUGUGGAGCUCAACAGACCACAGUACAUCAGCAUUCUGGAGCUCCUGGGCUCUGUGGAUAUGAUGUCCCGCAACCUGCCAUACAGGAAGUUUCGGCCACAGGUCCAUGUUCCCAACAAUGCCCACAUAUGGUGGCAGUAUGUUAUUAAGGGCAUCAUGGAGGUGGACGUGAAGCCGCGCCUGCACAUGUGGUCGUGGCAGCACAUCCGCCACCACCGACAGACAGUCAAGCUUUACAGGAAGCUCUACAAAGACAAGAUCACCAGUAAGAAGCCCACUGAGAUGCUGCUCAAGGAACUGGAGGAGGUUGAGCGGUCUCUGGAUAUUUUUAACAUCACGCUGGCCAGACAGCAAGCGGAGAUGGAGGCAAGCAAGGCAGGGCUGCGUAUCUUCCGGCCAGGGGUGAAAGUGGAGGAGGAGGAAUCUCAGGGCUGGUUGGGCUGGAUGUGGUCCGGCUGGUCCGGGGAUAGUGACACCAAGGCCAAGGAGACCAAGACUGGAGACCUUCAUCGUCCAUUAUCCAGGAGGCUGUCGCUCCUUCCCGGGGAAUCCUCUGACGCAGCUUUUAACGAGCUUAUGACCUCUGCCGAGAAGGCCAAACUCUACACCGCCAUUGGCUACAGUGAAACAGCCGUCAAUCACAACCUGCCAAAGAAUUUUGAGGAUAUGAAGAUUAAUUUCCGCAUGGAGAGGAUGUCUGUCUCACUGAAAAACAACAGGGACCAGAAUGAAAUAAUAAAACUCACAGUUGAAGACCUGAAAGCUAUGCUUACCCAGAGGCCUGGAGCACAAGCCAUUAAACUGUCGACCCAGCUGAGUAUGUUUGAGGUAACCGGACUGGCCGACAAGCGGCCAGCGCCCACGCUUUUGUCUUCGAGGAAGACAACUGUGAAGGGGACCCCGCUUCUGGACCUCCUGUUUGAAACAAACCCCCUGGAUGAGGGUGCUGACCAGCGUUUCUGUGUCAAGUCCCAGCCUCUGGAGAUCAUCUAUGAUGCUAUUACGGUGAACAGCAUGUCUGCGUUCUUCUCGCCGCCUGACGACCUCCAGUUGGACGAGCUGACCAACGCCACUCUCAUGAAGCUGGAGCAGUUCAGAGACCGCACCUCCACAGGGCUAAUGUACGUGAUUGAAACUCAGAAGGUUCUGGAUCUGAACAUCGACCUCAUGGCCUCGUACGUAAUUGUUCCCCAAACGGGCUUCUACGACUCCACGCAGAACAUCAUGCUGUUGGACCUGGGUCACUUCAAGGUGUCCAGUCUGAGCAGAAAGGGUCUGCCCCAGCUCUCUGUGGGGAGCAGUACUAUAGAGGACAUCAUGUCCCGAGCCUACGACCGCUUUGACGUUCAGCUCAGCAGCCUGCAGUUUCUCUACAGCAAACCAGACGGGGACUGGAAGAAAAGCCGUAAGCAGAAGAAGUCUGCCCUCCACAUCCUGGAGCCCGUCGACGUCAAGGUGGUGUUCAGCAGAGCCAUGGUGGUCACAGACUCCCGCAUGCCCAAGUUUAAGAUCUCUGGGGAGCUUCCUCUGCUGUCUCUGAAGAUCUCUGAUGAUAAGGUUCGAGGCAUUCUGAAGCUGGUCGACAGCAUCCCUCUGCCCGAGAGCAGGCCGUCCCCACGCUCCAACACCCACUCUACACCUAAGGCUCCAAAGCAGUCAUACACCCCUCAGCUAACGCCCAGGAAUCCCACCAUGGCUGAACUGCGUAACUCCCUCCUCUGGGAAUCAAGCUCAGAGGAGGACCUGUUCUACGACGCUCCAAGCUCUCCUAUAGGAGACCGUCCGUUCUUCUCAGAUGACAUGUCCGGCCCUUUGCAGCGCUCUGACUCAGUCAAGAGGAGAGGUCUGGUCAUUAAAGACCCCAAGAAGAACAUGACCGAGUUCCUUAUGAUAUUUGAGAUCAGCGAGUUGUGUGUUCAGCUGUGCCGUCUGUCUGGAGGUCAGGAGGUCACAGUGUUGCACCUCAGCAUUGAGGGGCUGGGCACCGAGUUGAAGCUGCGCACCUUUGACAUGACGUCCAAUGUCUUCCUAAGAGAGAUCUGCCUCGAGUGCCCUGAGUACAUGGAUUCGGAGGAGAAGAAAGUGCACCUGAUAACCACUCUGGACAACACAGAGGAUGACCUCCUCACAUUGGAGUACACAAAGGCUGAUAAGAAUGGGCCAGAAUUCAAGUCUCAGUACAAGAACACUGAACAGUCUAUUAAGGUGAACUUCUCCUCUCUGGACAUUCACCUGCACACAGAGGCUCUGCUGAAUGCCAUGAACUUCUUGAACAGCCUCCUCCCCGCCAGCAAGGAGGCAGUGCCCAGCCAAGAGGAGCUGCCCACCAUCCCUGAAGAGGAGGAGGGCGAGGGGGAGGAGGGAGAGAAGGAGGAGGAAUUGGCCGUGGCAAAGAAAACAUCUUCUAAGAAGUCAAAGUUUGAGGACGUUGUGAAUUUGCACAUCAGAGCCGAUCUGAACUGUCUGAAGGUUUUCAUCCGGGGCCAGAGCCACAGGAUAGCAGAGAUCAGCAUUGAGGGCUUGGUGUCGGAGGUGCUGAUGAGGAAAAAGUCAGUGGAGGUUCUGGCAAAUCUCAAAAACAUAGUCAUCCUGGAUUGUGAUAAGGACGCUUUCUACAAGGAGUGUGUGUCCAUAGCUGACGAGGAGGUGUUUGCUUUUCGCAUGGUGAACCACAUGGGCGCCACCGAGGGCGACGCCUACCUAGACAUGAGUAAAGUGGACACCAGUGUCACCCUGACUGUGGGCUGCAUCCAGGUUUUCUUCCUCAACAAGUUUGUCUCCUCUAUCCUGGUGUUCAUAAACAACUUUCAGGCGGCUAAAGAGGCCCUGGCUGAAGUGACCGUGCAGGCUGCGGAAAAAGCUGCCACAGGGGUGAUGGAGUUGGCCGAGCGCAGCACGCGGAUCUCCCUGAACGUGGACUUCAAGGCUCCGGUCGUCUUUCUGCCCCAGUCCUGCUCCUCCCCCAAUGUCAUUGUGGCCGACCUCGGCAUGGUCACGGUCAAGAACCACUUCGCCACCGACUCCUCCCAGAAGCACGUCAAGAUUCCUCCCAUCAUCGACAUAAUGAACGUGGGCCUCAGUGACCUCAGGAUGUACAGAACCACGUUUGAGCACGGGACUUCACAAAAGGAGAUCCAGCUUCUGAAGCCGGUCAACCUGGACCUGAACAUCCAGAGGAACCUGUCGGCCUCCUGGUACCACAACAUCCCGGACAUAAAGAUCACUGCUCACCUCAAACCCAUGAACCUGAUCCUGAGUCAGGAUGAUAUGACGGUGGUGCUGAGGACUUUGAGUGAGAACCUGUCAGAGACGUCAGAUGUAGCCCCGCCCCCUCCUCCGCCCACAGUGGAGCGUAUUGACACCGCUUCUAACAAAGGCUCCCAAGGAACAGGAGGUAACACUGUAGUAACCGCUGCUGUAGUGGAGCCCCAGAAGACCACUAAGCUGAAGAACACGCUGAAACUGGACUUCAGGUUCGACUCCAUGACUCUGGUACUGUACAGCCCUAAUGGGCCUGAGAUGCUGGUGUUGGACUCGAGGGACGAGGACCUGAAGCUGGCCGAGUUCACCCUGGGGACCAUCUCAACGUUUGUCCACAUGUACUCUGACGGAUCCAUGAAGGCCUCCGUCAAACUCACUGACUGCCUGCUGGACGACAAGAGACGAGGAGUAAAGAAGAUCACCGCCAGGAUGAUGGCGAUGCGCCCGGGCCACGAGAAGAACGUGAUGGUGGAGGUGAACUACAAGCAGGGCCGUGACGGCACCUCGCUAUCCACGGUGGUGCAGGAUGUGUACCUCUGCGCCAGCAUGGAGUUCCUGCUCACCGUGGCUGACGUCUUCCUCAAGGCCAGUCAGCAGGGCUUCUCGGCCGCGCCCCGGAACAGCAGCGCUAAGCCUGCCGCGGCCGCCAAGGAACCUGCGCCGGCGGUGGCCAAGUCGGAGAUCAACGUUCUGGUGAGGAACCCGGAGGUUGUGUUCGUGGCGGACCUGACGCGGGCGGACGCCCCGGCCCUGGUGAUGACGACGGAGUGCGAGCUGGUGAUGAAGAGUGACCCGGACGGUCAGCAGAUGACGGCGGUGGUCAGCAGGCUGAAGGUGGUGGCCUGCCCCUUCCUGAGGGAGCAGGGCCGCUACAAGGAGACCACGGUGCUGCGGCCCUGCCAGGUGUUCUACAAGAGCGCCCAGUCCUCCACCUCCCCGCAGGCCAUGGAGGUCUGCAUCAAAGCACUCACGCUCAAGGUGUCUCCUAUCAUCAUCAACACGGUGAUCACCAUCCAGUCGGUGCUGAGUCCAGCCAGCGCCGAGACGCCCCAGUCGGACCUGGACAGCCCGGUUCCCCCCGACCUGUGGGAGCGCCGGGCUUGGCGGGACCUCAAGCUGUGGUUCCUGGAGGAGGAGGGUAAGGACGAGGACGCCCGGUCCCUGGUCCCGCUGAUUCCCCGCGGGGAGUCCUUGAACGUGGUCAUCAAGUCCAUCUGUCUGACCCUGGAGGCCGGGGUGGGCCACCGCACUGUUCCCAUGCUGCUGGCCAAGUCCUCCUUCCGUGGGGAUGUCAAGGACUGGAGCACCCUCAUCAACCUGCACAGCCAGCUGAACCUGGAGGUUCACUACUUCAACGAGGUGAUGGGAGUCUGGGAACCACUACUGGAGCCUUUAGAGGAUGAUACCGGAGAAGCCUUCCGACCUUGGACUCUGGGGUUAAAGAUGAAGAAGAAGCCAGUGACGUACUCUGGUAUAUCAGAUGAAGUGGACUACAGCAUCCCAGACUACAAGACGGUCAUCAGCAUCAGCAGUAAGGACCAGCUCAACAUCACCCUGUCCAAGUGUGGGCUCGGCAUGCUCAGUAACCUGGGCACGGCCUUUGCGGAGGCGGCCAAACAGACGUCGGAGAGUUUCCAAAAGGACGAGGCUCCGUUUGUUGUGAAGAACCGCCUGGGCCUGGCCGUGUCGGUGGUGCACAGUGACAUGUUCCGUCCGCUGGGCCGUGACGUCACGGGGCGCCGGGUGGAGUUGCAGGACGGAGAGAGCCUGGAGAUGGACUACCAACGCACCACCUCUGACCUGGACCAGUUCUCCGCCAUGACCUCGCUGGUCGCCAAAGACUACUGCAUACAGCCCACUCCGGUGGGCCAUACUUCGGCAGGGGUGAUUCCAUUGAUCAAAGUGGGCCGUGGCAUGUACAGUGUCAUGCACAAGGACUCGGGGGUCACCCGCUUCCUGGUCUGUCAGAUCUACUCCGUGGAGGGAAGCAAGUACAUCAAGAUCCGCUCACCCUUCCAGAUCAUAAACCACUUCUCCAUCCCGUUCAGAGUGUUUGAAGGCUCCACAUGUCUGGGGACUGCACUGCCUACUGAGGAGUUCUGUAUACCCCUGGACUCAUACAGGUCGGAGCUGAGUCUCCAGCCGGUAACUGAGACAGAGGACCAGUACGACUGCUCUGAGGGUUUCAGCUAUGAGUCCGUGAGUCAGACACCGGGCGCACGAGUGCAGCAGACCUGCCAUCGCCGUGGCAACAGCGUUGGUGUGCUCAUGGUCAACAUCGUCCCUCUGAGAGACAUGGUGACGUCACAGCACACAGGAGUGGCUGGGGAGCACUAUGAUGAGCCCUAUAUUCUGCACCUCUGGCCCUCGGUCCUGUUGAGAAACCUUCUGCCUUACCCCAUCACGUAUUGCCUACAGGACAGUGAAGAGCCCGCCCCCAUCGCCCUUACAGAUGGCCACUCAGCAGAGCUUCACACGGCAGUCAUGGACAAGUCUAGCCUGGAACUCCGCCUCCUUGACUACUUGGGGCAGGAUUGGCAGGCCCACUACAGUCUCCUUGGCAAUCAGGAGGAGAUCACCUUCAUUGUUUUCCACUCCCUGCGUGAUGAAGAUGAGGAGGUGAGUCUGGGCGACAGGGAGGAGAGGAAGAGGGCCGAGCUGGACAUUGCUGUGCAUGUGAAGUAUGACGCGGGCCAGACUGAGGUGGCCAUCCAUUCUCCCUACUGGAUGGUGAACAAGACGGGGCGUCUGCUGCAGUACAAGGCCGACGACAUCCACCGCAAACAUGCCAAGGACUACGACAGGCCCCUGCUCUUCUCCUUCAAACCACACAACUUUCUGCGCAACAACAAGGUGCGGCUGAUGAUCUCUGACAGUGAACUGUCGGACGAUUUCUCCUUGGAUACCGUGGGUAGUUAUGGCGACGUGAAGUGCAAAGGAAGGCUCAAAGAUUAUCUGAUCGGGGUGAAGAUCGACGCCAGCAGUUUCAGCCUGACACGUAUUGUGAGCUUUGUACCAUACUACCUGUUGGUGAACAAGACCAAGCAUGUUAUCUUGGUGGGAGAAGAGGGCCAGAACUACUGGACUGAGGCCCAACCACAACAGGCAGCCAUCCCGUUCUGGCCCGAGAAGGACUCCAAGAAGCUCAAAGUCAAAGUGGAAGGCAGUCAGUCACAGCCUCAGACUGUAGACUUCACCAAACCAGAGAACUGCUUGCUGCUACACCUGGACAACACUGUGAGUAGCUCAGAGACACACCUGGGUGGGAUCAUUGUGGAUGUGAAUCUAUCGGACCACUCAACCGUGAUCCGUUUCUCAGACUACCAUGACGGCGCCGCCCCCUUCCUGAUCAUAAACCACACCCAGGACCAGAUGCUGGAGUUCUACCAGAGAUUGCAGAGAGACUCCUCAGAAAGGGGGGCGCAUGAGCUGCUCGACGUCUCCUUCUCAGUAGAGGAGACCCACCCCAGCAGUCAGAAGGAGAAGGAGACGCUACAUCCAGGGAAGGCUGUGUACUACACCUGGGCUGAGCCCACCGGAUCACGGUCUCUCGCCUGGCACUGUGGCAGCCACACUGGAGAGCUGAAGAACGAAGAGGACCUGCGGCUGGAUGUAAACAACGAGGGAAAGUUGUAUCUCAUCUCGUUCUACGAGGGCCUCCAGCGGGUGGCACUGUUCACUGAGGACAGGCGCAUCUACAAGCUGCUGUGUGAGAGUGAGAAGGCAGAGCUGGCUGAACAGGAGAUCGUCCUCUCCCUUCAAGACGUGGGUGUCUCCCUGGUCAACAACAGCAGCCGACAGGAGGUGUCCUUCAUUGGCAUUACCAGUUCAGAUGUUGUCUGGGAGUCCAAGCCAAAGAAGAAGUCACGCUGGAAACCCUUGAGUUUGAAAGAGGCAGAGCUGCUGGAGACCCACUUCAAAGAGUACACAGAGAGUGGACCGGUGGACAACACCAUCCUAGACCUACAGAACAACUUCCAGGUGUCUCUGACGCCAAACGGGCAAGACAUGAGGAUGAUGCAGCCAUAUGAUGCUCCAAUCAGGCGGAACUUCCUGCCGGGAGUGAAGGUGGAGUACAGCGUGUCGGCCCGCCAGAGUGCCUACCGCGUCCAGAUCAACCGCAUCCAGAUCCAGAAUCAGAUGCCUGGAGCGAUAUUCCCUUAUGUCUUCUACCCUGUAAAACUACCCAAGUCGGUCACCAUGGACUCGGAGCCUAAACCACUGACCGACAUCAGCAUUGUAACCAGGGCGGCCGGACACUCGGAUAUCUCAAGAAUCAAGUAUUUCAAGGUACUGAUCCAGGAGAUGGAUUUAAAGUUAGACCUGGGCUUUCUUUACGCCAUCUUGGAUCUGUUCACCCCGGCGAACGCCAAUGCGAUGACAUCAGAGCACAUGGUGGAGUUGUUUGAGAAGGACAUAGAGUAUCUGAAGACUGAGCUGAACCAUGUCUCGGCCACAGACACGUCCCCUAUCAGUCUCUAUGAGUACUUCCACAUCUCUCCCAUCAAGUUGCACCUGAGCUUCUCUCUUAGUUCUGGUGGGGAGGACGGGAAUAAGGAGAAGAGGGAAACGGAGCUCAUCCCUGUCCAGUCCCUCAACCUGCUGCUGAAGAGCAUCGGAGCCACCCUGACCGAUGUGCAGGACGUUGUCUUCAAAUUAGCCUUCUUCGAGCUGACCUUCCAGUUUCGCACUACCCAGCAACUUCAAUGGGAGGUCAUCAGACACUAUUCUAAACAGGCUAUAAAGCAGAUGUAUGUGCUGGUGUUGGGCUUGGACGUGCUGGGAAACCCAUUUGGACUGAUCCGAGGCCUGUCAGAGGGUGUCGAGGCUUUCUUCUACGAGCCCUAUCAAGGAGCCAUCCAGGGUCCUGAGGAGUUUGUGGAGGGCAUGGCUCUGGGGGUGAAGGCACUGGUUGGAGGUGCUGUAGGGGGCAUUGCAGGCGCUGCCUCCAGGAUAACAGGUGCAAUGGCGAAGGGUAUGGCUGCCAUCACAAUGGACGAGGAGUACCAGCAGAAGAGACGAGAGGCCAUGAACAAGCAGCCCAGCGGCCUGAGAGAGGGCCUGACCCGUGGGGGCAAAGGACUGGUGUCUGGCUUCGUCAGCGGAAUCACUGGGAUCAUCACCAAGCCCAUUAAAGGGGCUCAGAAGGAGGGCGCGGCGGGCUUCUUUAAGGGCGUUGGAAAGGGCUUGGUGGGGGCCGUGGCCAGGCCCACAGGGGGCAUCAUUGACAUGGCCAGCAGCACCUUCCAGGGCAUCAAGAGGGCGGCCGAGACGUCCCAGGACGUGGAGAGUCUGCGUCCACCGCGCUUCAUUCACGAGGAUGGUGUCAUACGACCAUAUAAGAAGAGGGAGGGUGUUGGCAGCCAGAUGCUACAGAAAAUUGAGAAUGGACGGUUUGCCAAGUACAGAUACUUUGCACACGCCAAAGUCAACGAGUCAGAUUUCUUAAUGAUCACCAAAAGGGGAAUAUUUUUUGUGACCAAAGGCACAUUUGGGCAGCUGACCUGUGAGUGGCAGUAUCUGUUUGACGAGUUCACCAAGGAGCCCAUGAUCGUAGAGGGGAGGCGGCUUCGAAUCGAGGCCAAGGAGAGAGUAAAGUCUGUGUUUCAUGCCAAAGAGUUUGGGAAAAUUAUAAACUUCAAAAGUCCAGAAAUAGCCACGUGGGUUCUUACCAAGCUGGAGGAUGCCAGGGAGAGUCUACAGAAAUAUUGAAUGCUCAUUUCACUACAAUCACCUACUGUGUGUGUGUGACUGUGUGUGACUGUGUGUGACUGUGUGUGACUGUGUGUGACUGUGUGUGACUGUGUGUGUUACAUGCUGGUGGAGUAGGAUGUGCCACCAGGUUUAAUUCACAUGGACUUGUCUGGAUGUAUUUUGACACAGAUGGCACUAUCAUUAUCACAGCUCUAAUUUUCCUCAUCAAUGUGGCAUUGUUCUUCCCUAAGCCACGAAAUGCACACCUUAAGUUAAUGUGGGUGACAGUAGAGUGGCUGUAUAAUAUUAACCUUCAAAAGGCAAGUGAUGUCAAGAUGUGAGUGAUAACAGUCACUGCUCUCAUUCUAAACAACUUUGUGCCAGAAAUGUCUUCUAAGUAUACUGGUUUAUUUCUUGUAUUUUUUUUUUUAAGUGUACCUGGGGGAAUUUUCUAACUGCCAAUGCAACUUUAGAAGUAGUGCUGCCCAUCAAAUUACAAUUACAGAGCACUGUGUUUAAUGGCCUUAAUGAGCUAAACACAAGGUUAUUUUACUGUUUAUAUGAGACAAAAAAAGGUUGGCUUGUUAGCAGAGUCCAGUUCUAAAUGCAAAUUAUUCUAUCCCUGGACCCACACACCAUUUCCCCCUAUUCCUGACUCACACAUUUUCUACUUUCGGCAAGCUAUGACUGCACGUGAUUGAAAAGGCAUGCUAUUUUUAUACAGUAUAUAUUCUGUGUGUGUGUGUGUAUACAGUAUAGGUGUAUAUAUCUGUUGGAGGGGUUGCAUCUCAUUAUUGGCAAUUUUCAGGAUUUUAUACUACAGGUAUGCAAUGCCAUUAUUGACUUAAUUAUGCUAUUUAAAUAAACAUUUAUUGAAAUUAACUUCUAACUUAAUACUCAGACGUGUUAGGGUUGUUUGUGUUGGGGUUAAUGCAACUAAAUAAAUAACUGUUUUGCCUUUAA